AUGUUAAAUGACAAGCUAGGCAUGCAACUCGAGACCAAAGAUAUCGAUAUUGCCCAUCGCCUCGGAAAAUAUGUAGAGAAUAAAUGCAGGCCAGUCAUUGUAAAACUCGUCAGACGCCAAACGAAAAUCGAAAUAAUGAAGCGUGCCAAUCGUCUAAAGAAUACUGGCAUCUUCAUUAAUGAAGACCUGACAAAGAUGAAUGUAGAAGUUCUGGCUUCAUUACGUCUCAAAGAACCUGAGUUGGUGGAGAAGGCCUGGUCCCGCGACGGGAAACUUUUCGUACGCUAUCGGGGACAAGACCGUAACGAGCUAGUGACAUUUGAUAAAUACAAACUCUGGCUGGCAAAGAUCAUUCUCUUCCUGUCAUGGGACCUGCCAACUAUUGUACUGAAUACAUCCAAUGUGGCUGCCACAAAUUUUCGGGAUGGCAACACCUCAUUCCGAGGGUCUUGUUACCAUUUUGAGAGCGUGCAGGGAACAUACACUGAGUCAGAGCACUAUUGUCGACAACGUGGUGGUCGUCUAGCACACAUUAUGACAUCGUUGGAAAACAACUUCGUCAAGAAUCUUGCUAGAGAAAGGCAAACUCAGCACUGGUGGAUCGGCCUGAACGAUCAGGUGGUGGAAGGACACUUCAUUUGGGAUGACAACGAUAAAGAGGCGACAUUUACAGACUGGGGCACCAACCAGCCUCAAGGAGAUGGCGAAGACUGCGUUGCUCUCGACUAUGAGGAUGGCUAA